UUCCUUCCCUUUCAAAGCAGAUGCAAAGCAUUCUAGAUUUUCUUUGGUGGGCAAGGGUGGCGCUUAGGGGGCCGGGCCGCAGCACUUGUUCCGUGGUAAAGGCGAAACACAGCAAAGGUGUGGUCUGAGGAUGAGUACAACCCCUUUCCCAAAGAACUACUUAUAACCGUUACAAAUCCUACUGAAACUUGUUGUACCGUGCCAUCACAAAAUGCAUCUCCUUACACUCAUCCUUGGGAUUGUGCUCCUAUCGAAAGCCAACACCCUGAAAUGUUAUGAGUGUGUAGCGGGAAGCUCAGGAACCUGCACAAACUCAAGAGAAUGUCCUUUGGCAGGUCACCAGUGUGGCACACUCACUUUAACUUCAUUUGCAGGUGGUUUCAAAGUCCAGGAAGUCUCAUCAAAAAGCUGUGCUUUGGCUGAAGAGUGCAUUGAGGGCUCAAUCAACUUUGGAAUCGCUAAAACCGUGAUCAACAGCACAUGUUGUAACACCGAGCUCUGCAACAACCAAUUUGCCCUUGGUCCCAGCAAAUUCAUUCCAAAUGGUAAAAAGUGCUUCCAAUGCAAAGGACAAGAUUGUACUGCAACUCUAAACUGUGAGGAUACCGAGGACCACUGCAUCUCAGCCAAAGUAAACACCGCAGGUGAACUGGUUAGAAUGAAGGGCUGUGCCUCCAAGUUGAUGUGCUUCGCUGGAAUUCAGAAGAUGUCAGGACUUGUCGGAGUCGAAAUGAGCUGCUGUCAGGGAAACUUCUGCAACAGUGCCAGCAGCACAAGUGCUGGCCUCGUGCUGCUGUGGACAGCAGUGGUCUCUUCGGUUGUGCUCUCCUAGAUGGAUGAAAAGGCAACAUAAGCCCAGGCUUUUCUCGCUAGCCUUGCAAGGCCUCAUAUAUAGUGCUCACACCCCUCCUUAUCCUUUCAACUGAUGAGCAGGCAAAGCAUUUAUGUGUGAUAUCCGUUUGUCUUUUGCAUCCUCUAGUUUAUAACCAGCUUUUUGUUCUUUUUUUCACGUUGCUUAAACAAUUUAGAGUGUCUGGCAUAAAACAGCCCUUUCUAGGAGGCGAAUGCAUAUGAGUGCUAUAUUGUUAACCUGAAACCAAUUUGAAUAUUGCAAUUAUCAAGAAUAUUUUGAUGUAAAAAAGCACAAUAAAUCUAUUUCUCAAAUGU